AUGGUGACGUUACGCGGGAAGGGGGACCCGGAUCCCGGCGCCACGAGCUCCCCGCACCCGCAGGCUUCCCGCAGGUCCGCAGCUGGGAGAAGGACGCUGGCUAAUGAUUUUAUGGCUGAAGAUGAUGGACAGAGGCAUGUUGAGGACAAAGAAGGACAACCAGUGAGGAUGACUAUAAGGAGAUCUGACAGGCUUAAUAACACUUUGAGGAACGACAAUGAUUUAAAUGGUGAUGGGAAGAGGAGGCAGUUGAGGCGAAGCACAAGGCCGACCAGACCAACCUGCAGAUACCAGGCCUCCUCCAACAUGUUUGACGGCAUCAGCGCCAACACAAGCAAGGCAGCCCUGAACAGGAUGGACAGCAUGAAGAGGAAGAGGAGGCUCAGCAACUCCAGAGAGGGAAAUAUCUACUCCAAAGCCCAGAGGAGGAAAGCGGCGGUGCCGAUGGAUGACAGCAACAGUGAGGACAAAGGAGAUGAAGAGGAGGAAGAGGAAGAGGAAGAGAAAAAUUCGUUGGACAGCGACGUCAGCGAGAGCUUCGAUGCUAGACUGAAUGGAGCCAGCGCGUCUCUGAGAGGAAGCUACCGGAUCAGCGCCUCUGGACCCAACACAGCCAGCAGAGGAACUUACAGGCCCACUAAGAGCGCCUGGGCAAGGAAGUCCAGCUCCUCCGAUGAGGACGAUGACUCUGAUGACGGCGAGCAAAACGGAGGAAGAAUCUCUGGAAGGUUUCAGCCGCUCAACCUGCGUGCAGAGGAUGUUCUGAGAAGCCACAGAGACAGGAUGAAGGCGGGAGCAGGCCUGGCGGACAUCGACCCCAUGAUGAUCGACCAGGCGGUGUGUUUCAGCAGUGUUGGUGGUCUCACUGCGCACAUCUCCUCUCUGAAGGAGAUGGUUGUCUUCCCAUUAAUCUACCCCGAGGUUUUUGACAACUUCAAAAUCCAGCCCCCCAGAGGUUGUCUGUUUUACGGGCCACCAGGCACUGGGAAGACGUUGGUUGCCAGGGCGCUGGCUAACGAGUGUAGCCACGGUGACAGGAAGGUGUCCUUCUUCAUGAGGAAGGGUGCUGACUGCCUCAGCAAGUGGGUGGGCGAGUCGGAGCGGCAGCUGCGCCUGCUGUUUGACCAGGCCUGCCAGAUGCGUCCCUCCAUCAUCUUCUUCGAUGAGAUCGACGGCCUGGCUCCGGUCCGGUCCAGCCGACAGGACCAGAUACACAGCUCCAUCGUGUCGACUCUGCUGGCUCUGAUGGACGGGCUGGACAGCCGCGGGGAGGUCGUGGUGAUCGGAGCCACCAACAGGCUGGACUCCAUCGACCCGGCGCUGCGGCGACCUGGACGCUUCGACAGGGAGUUCCUCUUCGGUCUGCCUGACAGAGAGGCUCGUCGAGAGAUCCUGAAGAUCCACACCAGGCAGUGGAACCCGCUUCCCUCUGAAGACUUCCUGGACGAACUUGCAGAGAAAUGUGUUGGUUACUGCGGUGCUGACAUCAGAGCGGUGUGCACUGAGGCGGCGUUGUGCGCACUGCGGCGCCGCUACCCGCAGAUCUACAGCACGUCACAAAGACUCCUGCUGGACGUCUCAUCCAUCGCUGUCAGCAGCUGCGACUUCGUGGCAGCCAUGAGGAAGAUGGUGCCGGCCUCGCAGCGUGCCGCCACCUCGCCAGCCAAGGCUCUGUCACCUGUGGUGCUCCCCCUGCUGGGCGGCACUCUGCGCUGCAUCCUGGAUGCUCUGCAGAGGCUUUUCCCCCACGCCGAACAGGGGCUGAAGAGGAAGAGGGAGGAAGAUUUAACCUCUGCGAUCCUUGAUGACGACCUGAUUUACAACAGAAAUGACUCCAGUCAGACCAGCAUCUCCACACCCUCAUCCUCCAAGAGCGGCGGCUUCCUGCACUUCUCCAGGAGUGCAGUAAACCACCCUAUGUCCCACCGUCCCAGGAUGCUGCUGGUGGGUCGACCUGGUGCUGGUCAGAGCUCCCACCUAGCCCCCGCAGUGCUUCAUGCCUUGGAGAGGUUACCGGUCCACAGCCUGGACUCGGCUGUGCUGUUUGGAGUCAGCAGCACCUCGCCAGAGGAGGCCUGUGCCCAGGUGUUUUGUGAGGCCAAGCGGACAUCUCCCAGCAUCCUCUAUAUGCCACGCAUCCAGCAAUGGUGGGAGACGGCGGGUUCAGCGCUCAGGGCGACCUUCCUCAGCCUGUUGGACGACGUCCCCUCCUUCUCCCCCAUCCUGCUGCUUGCUACCGCCAGUGUCCCAUACCAGCAGCUGGAUCCAGAGAUCCAAGCACUGUUCCGGGUAGAGUAUGAGGAGGUUCAUGCUGUCAGCCUCCCGACCCGGCAGGACAGGGUGAAGUUCUUUGAAGAUCUGAUCCUGAACCAGGCAGCCGAGGCUCCGGCCUCCAAAAAGGAAGCUUUGACUCAGGCCAUGGAGGUCCUGCCGCUGGCUCCGCCCCCUGCGCCCCGCCAGCUGUCAGCACAGGAGCUCCUCCGUCUGGAGGAGCAAGAGGAAGAUGUGCUCAGGGAGCUCCGCCUCUUCCUGCGCAACAUCACAGAGCGCCUUUCACUGGACCGCCGCUUCAAGGCCUUCACCAAGCCGGUCGAUAUCGAGGAGGUCCCGGACUACAUGACGGUGAUCGAGAGGCCCAUGGAUUUCUCCACGCUGCUGUCCAACAUCGACCAGCACAAGUAUGUGACCAUCAGCGAGUUUGUGGCCGACGUCGACCUCAUCUGGCGGAACGCGCUGGAGUACAACCCUGACAACGACCCCUGGGACCGUCAGAUCCGUCACCGAGCAUGUGCUCUGAAGGACACCGUGCAUGCCAUCAUCAGAGACGAGCUGGACGAAGACUUUGAGAAGAUCUGCGAGGAGAUCAAAGAGUCCAGAAUCAAGAGAGGCUGUACCUCCUCCAGAUUCGUCCUGUGCAACUACCAAACACGACCUGAAACAGAGGAGACUGAUGGGGAGAAAAUGAACGGCAGCUGGGCCAUGACUCCUCCUGGACAGAGGCAGAGGCAUCGUGACACCAGAGCCACCAAGGCGGCGAUGGAGCAGAGGCAGCAGUUCAACAUGGACAGAGCCACACAGAUCCUCAACAAGGAAGCCCCGCCUCUGGUGGUCAACCACAACACACUCAGGGAGCUGCUGGGCAGCGCUGUGUCUCGGUCAGAGGGUUUGGAAGUGAACGAGCUGGAGAAGUUGUACACUCGGCUGGCUCAGAGCAUCUACAGACACCGCCGGAACCACGACAAGACCCAGCUCAUCCAGGAAAUGAAGACAGAAAUCAACAACAUCUAGUCCACCCAGCUUUCUCCUGCAGGUUCUGCAUUUUUCCAAAUAAAACCUCAGAGCAUUUCAACAUGACACAGUUUUCUCCUCAAUUUGUUUUUAUAUUUUCUUACAGGACUAUUACCUCAGUAUUUAUUCUAGUAGAUACUAUUUAUAAAAUCAUAUUUAAUUAAAGAUUAUAUUGAUGUAUUUAUUAUAGCCAAUGUAACUAUGAACAAUUCAUGUAUUGAGGAU